AUGGGUAUCUCACGAGAUUCACGUCACAAGCGCUCAGCUACCGGAGCAAAGCGAGCAUACUACCGCAAGAAGAGAGCUUUUGAGAAGGGCCGCCAACCAGCCAAUACCCGUAUCGGCACUAAACGUAUUCAUCUCGUCCGCACCCGUGGUGGUAACACCAAAUACCGCGGCCUCCGUCUCGAAGCCGGCAAUUUCUCUUGGAGCUCCGAAGGCAUAGCCCGCAAAGUUCGCGUUAUUGGCGUGUCCUUCCAUCCUUCGAACAACGAACUCGUCCGCACGAACACGCUUACCAAAUCGGCCGUCGUCCAAAUCGACGCCGCACCUUUCCGUCAAUGGUACGAGGCACACUACGGACAGAGCUUGGGAAGGAGACGUCAGGCAAAAACUGAGAAGGAGGGUGAGGAGACCAAAAAGAGCAAGAGUGUGGAGAAGAAGCAGGCGGCUAGGAGUGCGGCGGUUGGCAAGGUCGAUACAGCGCUGGAGAGGCAAUUCGAGGCUGGUCGUCUGUACGCAGUGGUGGCUUCGAGGCCUGGGCAGAGUGGUCGUGUGGAUGGAUAUGUGCUCGAGGGAGAGGAGCUUGCGUUUUACCAGCGUGCUAUCAGGAAGUAG